AUACUAGACGUAUAAAAAAAAUUGUAAAUUAUAAACAAAUUAAAAGUAAAGACAUGUAAAGUAUUUAUAACACAAACCCAUGAUACAUGAUUGAUUAUCCAAAGAUAAAUCUAAAGAAAUUAGCUGUAAAAAGGAAAGAAAAAAUACACUAUUCUUAAAGCCGAAUCAUCUAUGAAGAAACAACCAACCCGACCCCCUAACUAUAAAGCUAUUUAAACCAAAUUUAAGAGAAGGAAGACGAAACGAAAAAUAAUCUAAUGUAAAAGCAUAUAGAAACACUCACAACAUCAUUAAGAGACAAGGAAAAACAGAAAAAAAGAAAAACAAAGAGCUCUAAGCCGCCUUCGAUUAGUUAUUUUUAUAAAAUUGAGUGAAAAACAAAAUUGAACAAACAAACAAAAAAAAAUCUUCAAAAUUUAUAUAUAUUACAUUUAACGUGGAUGCAAAAAAAAAAAGAGUAGAAAAAGAAAAUUAGUUAUACGAAACUCUAGAUUUUGUUCUGUUUGUACAAACUCUAGGUUUUUAUUUUUAUUUUUACACUACAAGUGACAAAAAAAAAACUGAAAUUUAUUUACGGCGAAGGCGAAGAUGAGACAUGAUAUGGGAGUUGUAUGCAUAAGAAAUUAGCAAAAACUAAAAACAAAAGAAUAUAUUAUUAAGAAUAUUCCGAAUUAUAACAGCAGGAGAAGAGGAUACCAUACAAAAUGAAACGCUUCUGCACUCGAAAUCGACUAUUUCUAAAGCCAAGCUAAGACAAUGUUUAAGACAAGGCUAAGCCCCCAUUGAGAGAGGGGGCGUGGUGGCACGUUUAGAUUCGUAGCAACAUUUCGGCAGGCAUUCCAAAUGCGUUUUGGCCACCACCUUCUCAGACACAUUUCACACUUUCAGCAGCUGAGCAGAGCAGAGCGCCAGAAGAUAGAGAUCCAAACUAUAGAGAUCCCCAAAAACGAUAAAUAUAUAUAGUGCAUAUAUAAAACGGGAAUACCCACAAGCAGCAGAGGGAAGAGCGGGUGGGGGAAAAGGAGAAAUACUAAGAAGAAAACUGUGUAAACUGCAAAUAAUAAAAAGAACAAGUAAAAUGGCAAGGCGUUUUCAAUGUGGGUGCAGCACGUUGACCCCCCCGCGGUCUGGAGCACGGCAAUCCCAGGAAGGACAAUCGCAUGAAGCACACACCCACACACACACACACUAUCUCAUUCCCAUACCCACACACGCAUACACAUAUUCACGCACAGCAUUUGUUGGUGAUUGGCAGCUUUUAAGAUACAUUUUGCAUUGGCUUAUCAUAAGGGUUAAGGAUAACAUAACGCUUUAAGGCUUGUAAGAGGCAAACUGAAGUAGCACAGAAUGGAGCGACGCGGACGCAUACCGGUGGCCAAGUUCCGCACCCAGGAGGCCAAGACACGCAGCAGAAGUCGCGUCCGGGAGCCGGACUACAACGAGCAGGACCCCGAGCAUGAUAUGUUCACCUUGCUGGAGGAUAACAUUGCCCUGAAGGAGGAGAACAAGGCCCUCAAGCUGGAGAUUGACACCCAUAAAACCACACAGGAGGAACAGCAGGCCCAGCACGAGAAGCUCUGCAUCCAGCUGGAGGCACUGCAGCAGCAGCAGGCCAACUUCGAGACGCAAAUCAAGGAGCUCGGCGGCAAGUUCAGCAAGGCCCUCAACGAGCGCAAUGCCCUGGACAAGCUGCACAAAAUGAAGGUCGAUCAAAUACAAAAUCUCACCAGCGAACUGGAGCACAUGCGGGAGAAGCAGCUAGAGCAGCAGCCCGGUCUGGGGAGUAGUGCAGCCCAGCAGGUCCUGGGCUCUGCGGAGCUCAAGCGAAAGUUGUUCAAGAUCCUGCAGCAGGGCAGCACCGACAGCGGUGACAGCAUCGGCAAUCAUGAUUUGGACAGCCUGGUGGAUGUGAAUGCGGAUGGUGUGCCAAUCACCAGUGGCCUUGUCGAGCGCCUGGCGGACGAGUUCCUGUCGCUCAAGAAUGCCACGAAUGCCGUGGAGCUGCAGCUGUACGAGGCCAACGAGAAGAUGGCCGAACUGUUGGAGCAUCAACACUCGCUGGAGGAGGAGAACGAGACCCUGCGCUCGGAGAACAGCAACCUGACCAAGGUGGCCAAGCUGCUGACGGAGAACAUGAAGGAGAGUGUGGAGACCAGUCAGAAAAUGGAGAGUGCUCUGAUCAAGCUGAAGCAGCGCAACGAUGAGCUCACUGCCAAGACACGCGAUCUGACCGAUGGACAGCCCGGAGCGAGGACCAGUGCCAGUCCCAGUGCCUCGCCCACCACUCUGAAGGAGGAGCAGGUGGAGUUUGAGCAGAUCAAGGAUCAGGUGCAGCAGCAGGCGCGCGAACACAACGAGCGCAUUGUGGAAAUGCAAUGUCUAAUGGAUGCGGCUAUAGCAAAAACUACUAACGAUGAACUAAAAAAAUUACAACUUAAGUUGGAGAUACUCGAGGAGCAGCUGCGCGAGGCCCUCACGCGUGCCGAUCUCGCCGAAGAGCAGCUGGCCCACUAUCACCAAUCGGAGGAGAAGACAACAGCAGCUCCAGUGCCGCCACCUGCUCCGCCACUGCCACCACCUCCGCCACCGCCUUUGCCGGGCAAACUGUUGUUCACGGCACAGACGAGGGCCGGACUGGGGGCAUCUGGGGGUAAGGAUGGUGGCGACACGGGAAGCUUCAGCGAUCACAUUGUUGGCCACAAUCUGCGCAGGGGCAGCGAUAAGAUAAUAGAUAACGUCAAGCAUCAGGUACAGGCCGAGGCAGCAACAGGUCUUGACGCUUUAGUGCGGGAGUUCAAGUCGGGCGGCGUUACACUUCGGCGCCGCAAUCGCCGCAGGACUGGCACCAGCGAGGCCCUCAAGGAGAUGUUCCAAGUACUGGAGAUAAGUCAGAAGCAGAACCGCAACUCCAAGAUAUGCGUGGAUCUGAAUCUGAACAUCUGAUAAGCUCUCAAGGCGUUCCAUGCUCUCUAACUCUCGCUCUGUCUUUACUGAACUUUGGUCUCAAAUCUCUCCUCUCAGGACUCUGCUGUGUGUCUCUGAACAACAACGAACAUUCCAUGCAUUUCAAUGUCCUAACCCUCCCUAACCUCGUCUAAAACUGUAUUAUUUUAUUAUCGUGUGCCUUUUCAGAAGAAACCAAAAGCCAUUUUACCCUCUGAUAAUCUUAAGACUUUUCCUCUUCAGGAUCUAUUUAAUCUAUUUAAUACAUACACUAUUAUUUAUAUUGCUUUUGACAUUUACAACAACUUUAUCCGCCCCUCGAUAAUGUGUUCAUUUUAACAGGUUCCGUGCUUUUUACUUAUCUUAACAACCCCAACGAUUUAUAUGUUCUGAAUAAAGGUUUAUUUUUUAACAAAUUA